ACGUGUUCAGAUGUGUUACACCCUUUUGCUGCAGAAAACUAAAGCAAACUUUCCAGCCGUUAGCAGUUCUGGGAAAACUUACAUAAAGAAGGCUCCUAACAUCUUACUCUUUGUCCUUAAGUUAUGAAAUUAAGGAAAGACCUUCAUUUUAAUUAAGAGACAGAAGUAUUUUGUGAAGUGAACUCCAUGAUCAAAAUGAAAACUCUCCUUUGGGUAAUAACUCAACUGCUUUUCUUUUCAUCAUCAACUCUGAGUCAAAGUGGUGCAGAUUUCGAACCUGACAAUUCUGGAGAGUCAAUCAUAGACAUCAGGACCUUUCGAGGUGCUCCCCCACCAAGUGAAGAAUUUCCUGUUUCUGCUAUAGAAGGGUGGACUGGAACUAUACCAACUAUAGAGAAGUGUGCUAUGGAUAAAUCAAAUGUUGUUACACUUCGUGUAAACAACAGCACCAUGGACUACCUUAGGAGCUCACUAAGCACCAAGCUAAUACCUGCCAUGUACAUAGUGGUAUUCUCAGUGGGUGUGUCAGCCAACACAGCAACCCUGUGGAUGCUUUACUUCCAAGCCAAAUCCAUCUCCAUGAACAUCUUCUACCUUAACUUGGCUGUGGCAGAUCUCCUCUUCUGUGUCACACUUCCCUUUAAGAUAGCUUAUCAUCUCCAUGGAAACAACUGGCUCUUUGGAGAGGUCAUGUGUCGUGUGACCACUGCCGUUUUCUAUGGCAAUAUGUAUUGCACCACUCUGCUCCUUGCAUGCAUCAGCAUCAGCCGUUACCUGGCCAUUGUUCAUCCUUUCACCUACCGUGGGCUCCCAAAGCGCACUUAUGCGAUGCUCGCUUGUGGUCUGGUAUGGGUCACUCUUUUCUUAUAUAUGGUGCCAUUAUUCAUAACAAGGCAAGUGUAUUACCUGGACCAACUUGGGAUAUAUACCUGUCACGAUGUACAUAAUACCUGUGAGAUGAUGUCACCCUUCCAUCUCUACUAUUUCAUCUCCCUGGCCUUUGUUGGAUUUAUAAUUCCACUUGUUGUUAUUAGCUUCUGCUACAUAUCCAUCAUCCGGACACUUAAAGCCUAUGAUCAGAAAUGGUUCUGGUAUAUUAAAGUGAGUCUCCUCAUCCUAGUGAUUUUUGCUAUUUGUUUCACGCCAAGCAACAUAUUACUUAUUACUCAUCAUGUGAACUACUACAACAACAACACAGAUGAUUUAUAUUUUUCCUAUCUCAUAGCACUGUGCCUGGGCAGUCUGAACAGUUGCCUAGAUCCAUUCCUUUACUUUUUGAUGUCCAAAAUCACUGAUCGGUCCAGUGCCUACCUGACAAUGGUUAAGACAUCUUAGAGAUCAAUCAGAAAAGAUAAUGUCUACAUGUUAUAAAAUACUGAAAUAUGUACUUCCAAGAAGUUCUGUUCUAUGUAUUCAUAUUAUAAGGUACAAAGAUUUAUAUAUACAUAUAUAUGAAGUUUACAAUUUCUGUAUUCCACAUAUACAUAAUUCUAUAAAAAGUGAAACUUUUGUUAGACAUAUGCUUUCAGUAUGUACUUGAACCUCAUUAAUAUGUAUUUUCCUAUGCUUCCUAUUUGAAGCAAAAUCUAUAGCCAACUUAGUAUAAAUAAUAAAAUAUAUAUGUAUGUGAGAAGUAAAAGGAUUAAUUUAGUUUAUGAUAAAGUGAAUCAUUAUCAGUUUUGAAAAGGAUUGACUCAUCAUUGUAAGAGUAUAUUUUUGGUAUUUCUGCAGGAAUUGAAGAUGCCAAAAAUUUCCUUCCAGUCUAUCCUAUUUGCACAAAGUCACCUUAUUUUUUUUUAAACUUGUACUUUCUCAAUCUUGCACAUCGUGUUCUGAAUAAGUGAUCUUAGCUUGUUUCAAAAAAUAUUUUUAAGAUACCAUGGAGUUCAAUAUGGUGUCCUAUAUAUACAGAUUUGGGUUUUUGUAGGAAUUUCAUUGUGGGGGAAAAAGAGAAAAUAAUAAGUCUGAUGUGGCAGUAGAGCUAUUUAGGUACAUAAGGUCAGGGCUUGAUAAAAUGUAUCAUGCUAAAUAAAAAUAAUCAGACUAUUACAAAGACUAAAGUAGGUAUUGGCUUAAUUAGCAAAUAUUCUCUCCUAGUUAGGAUCACAGACUCUUAGAAUUAAAAAAAAAAAUAACAAGCUAGCUCAACUCAUACUGAAAUUUUUUUAAAAAAUCUCCUUUGAUGGUAUUUCCAACAAAUUGUCAUCCAAACUUUGAGAAAAGAUUUCCAGUGAAAGGUAAUUUAUUAUAUUCAACUUUGUUAUCACUAUAACUUUUAGGAAUUUUCCCCUUUAUUAUAUUUUCUAAUGGGGAAAUCUUUUUGUGAGAAAAAUCUCAAAAUAAAUAAUUCCUAUAGAUAUUACAUAUAGUGGAAGUUGGGACACAAAUAGUAAAUCCAGACCAUUGGGAGAAGAAUAUGAAGUAUGGUAAACAUAAAAAGGCUAUGACAGAUUUUUUUGCACUAAAGAUGUUUGAAAGUAGUAACAAGCAUGUAAUAAUAUUCAAUUAAGAUAUGCAUAUAAAUUAUAUAAGCUAAUUAAUUUUGAGUUUGUAUAUAUUUGUGAACCUGUAAAUUACUUUUGGCAUUUACAUAUGUAUUUCACUAGGUUGUUAUAAAGAAUUUUAAUAAAUAUUUCUACACGUA